GUUCAGAAUUCAUGUUUCUCCAUUUGAACAGUCAGAGUCGAUUCUAUACGGAAUAUCAAAGUGUUUCAUAUGAACCUUUAUAAAAGCUAAGCCAUGAUUUUGCGUGUAGCUGCUUCAUAGAAAUGCGGUGAUUCUGUGAAUCUGUGUGUGAAUAAGAGUCAGUGCUGAAGAUCAGAUUCUGUUUCAUCAUGGAUGACACACAAACAUCCGCAGAUGAAGAUGUUUCUCCACGAUGCAGUCCAUUUCAGCAGAAGAGAUCAGAAGCAGAGUCCAGCCGUGUGUCUAUGAGGAGUGAUUGGUCUAUGGAACAUCCAAAAGAUUUUAAGAGUGAUGAUGCAAAGACUGAUUGCAGUUCAGUUCAUCAGAAUAGAUCAGGAGCAGAAUGCAGCUGUGUGUCUAUGAGGAGUGAUGCAUCUGUGAAUCAGCCAUUAGAUAAUAAGAAUGAAGACACAAAGACUGACCUCAGGCAUGAAGUCCUCAACAGGUUUAGAUCAAAUCUGCUGAAGAAGUUUGAGCGUCUGUAUGAGGGAACAGUGAUGCAGGGAAACCCAACACUCCUGAAUGAGAUCUACACAGAGCUCUACAUCACAGAGAGUGAGAGUGGAGAGAUCAGUAAUGAGCAUGAGGUGAGACAGAUUGAGACACAAUCCAGGAGAGCAGCAACAGAGGACACAGCCAUAAAAUGCAGUGACAUCUUUAGACCUUUACCUGGACAAGACAAAGCCAUCAGAACUGUGCUGACAAAGGGAGUCGCUGGCAUUGGAAAAACAGUCUCUGUGCAGAAGUUGAUCCUGAACUGGGCUGAAGGGAAAGAGAAUCAGGACGUCCAGCUCAUAUUUCCACUUCCUUUCAGAGAAAUCAAUCUGAUGAAGGACAAAACACUCAGUCUUUCAGAUCUUCUUCAUGUGUUUUUCCCUGAAACUAAAGAAAUGGAAAUAUCCAGUAAUGAAUAUAAAGUGUUGUUCAUCUUUGAUGGUCUGGAUGAGUGUCGUCUGUCUCUGGACUUUAAGAGUGAAGUGAAACUGUGUAAUAUAUCUGAAUCAGCCUCAGUGGACGAGCUGCUGAUGAACCUCAUUGUGGGGAAUCUGCUUCCCUCUGCUCUCAUCUGGAUCACCUCCAGACCAGCAGCAGCUGAUCUCGUCCCCUCUGAGUGUGUCCAUCGAGUGACAGAGGUACGAGGCUUCACUGAGCCACAGAAGGAGGAAUACUUCAGGAAGAGAAUCAGUGAUCAGAGUCUGGCCGACAGGAUCAUCUCACACCUGAAGUCAUCAAGGAGCCUCUACAUCAUGUGCCACAUCCCAGUGUUCUGCUGGAUAUCAGCCGCUGUUCUGGAGAAGAUGUUGAGUCGAGCAGAGAGUGGAGAGAUUCCCAAGACUCUCACUCAGAUGUACACACACUUCCUGAUCCUUCAGACCGACAUCAAACAUGAGAAGGACUAUGAGAAGAAGGUGACAGAUGAAGACAUGAUCCUCAAACUGGGGAAAGUGGCUUUUGAGCAGCUUGUAAAAGGAAACCUGAUCUUUUAUGAGGAAGACCUGAGAGAGUGUGGCAUUGAUGUGAGAGAAGCAUCAGUGUACUCAGGAUUGUGCACUCAGAUCUUCAGAGAGGAGUUGGGCUUGUAUCAGGGGAAAGUCUUCUGCUUUGUUCAUCUGAGCAUUCAGGAACAUCUAGCAGCUCUAUAUGUGCACCUCUCCUGGACAAACCACAACAGAAAUGUGUUUGAGCCAAUCACCAAACAGAGUUUACGGUCUAAAGUUCAGUACUGGUUUCAACACAAUUCAUCAGAACGUGUUUCAUUAUCUGAGCUGCAUCAGAGAGCUGUGGACGAGGCUCUACAAGGUAAAAAUGGACAUCUGGAUAUUUUCCUGCGGUUCCUUCUGGGUUUGUCAGUGGAGUCUCAUCAGAUUCUUCUACGACGAAUAAUGACACUGAAAAGAAGCAGCUCUGAAAGCAAUGAGAAAACAGUUGAGUACAUCAAGAAGAAGAUCAGGACCAUUGACUCUCCAGAGAAAUCCAUCAAUCUGUUCCACUGUCUGAAUGAACUAGGUGAUCAUUCACUAGUGGAGGAAAUACAACAGAAUCUGAAACCUGGAAGAACAAAGGAAACCAAACUCUCCUCAUCUCAGUGGUCAGCUGUAGUUUUUGUGUUGUUGACAUCAGAAGAGGACCUGAAUGAGUUUUGUCUUGAUAAAUUUGUUAAAGGAAAAAAUAAACAUGAAAAUAUGAAAGUUCUUCAGAUGUUGGUGCCUGUGAUGAGGGAAUCCAGAUCAGUUCAGUUGAGUAACUGUGACGUCACAGAUGAAGGUUGUGCAGCUCUGGCUUCAGCUCUGAGAUCAAACCCCUCACACCUGAGAGAACUGAAUCUGUCUAAGAAUGAAAUAGGAGAUUCUGGAGUGAUGCUGCUGUCUGCUGGACUGGAGAAUCCUCACUGUAAACUGGAGAAACUGUGGUUGAGUAAUUGUGGCAUCACAGAUGAAGGUUGUGCUGCUCUGGCUUCAGCUCUGAGAUCAAACCCCUCACACCUGAGACACCUGAGUCUGACUGGGAAUAAAUUGGGAAAUUCUGUCAAUCUGCUCUCUGAUGUACUACAGAAUCCUCACUGUAAACUGGAAAAACUGUGGUUGAAUGAUUGUGACGUCACAGAUGAAGGUUGUGCUGCUUUGGCUUCAGCACUGAGAUCAAAUUCCUCACACCUGAGAGAACUGAAUCUGUCGGUGAAUAAAAUCGGAGAUUCUGGAGUCACGUUGCUCUCUGCUGGACUGGAGGAUCUUCACUGUGAACUGGAGAUACUGCGGUUGAGAGAUUGUGGCAUCACAGAUGAAGGUUGUGCUGCUCUGGCUUCAGUUUUGAGAUCAAACCCCUCACACCUGAGACGACUGGAUCUGUCUUGGAAUAAAAAAGGGGAUUUAGGAGUGAAACUUCUCUGUGAUGGACUAAAGUAUCCUCACUGUAAACUUGAGGAACUGCAGUUGAGAGAUUGUGGCGUCACAUAUGAAGGUUGUGCUGCUCUGGCUUCAGCACUGGGAUCAAACCCCUCUCACCUGAGACACCUGGAUCUGUCUUGGAAUAAAAUAGAAGAUUUGGGAGUAAAGCGUCUCUGUGCUGGACUGAAGGGUAAUCACUGUAAACUGGAGAUACUGUGGUUAAGGGAUUGUGGGAUCACAGAUGAAGGUUGUGUUGCUCUGGCUUCUGCUCUGAGAUCAAAUUCCUCACUCCUGAGACACCUGAAUCUGACUGGGAAUAAACUAGGAGAAUCAGGAGUGAAGUUACUGAAAGAUAAUCCACAUUAUAAACUGGAGACAGUAUACUGUUGACUCUGUGUUUAGACGUCAGUCCAGUUUCCUCAGAAUCAGCUGAUGGUGUAUAAGAGGCGCUACAGACACAUCACAGUCACACAAUCACCAGAGAUUAAAGACACAUAGACACACAGCAUCGUACUGACAUGAAUGUUGUCUUUCACUUUCUUGUUUUAUAGGUAAUGGCCCAUGAAACUGAGUUCAGAAUCAUUUUGGAUUUACUCGAUAUUGUCUACAAUGUAGAUCAGAUGUCCAAUCUGGCCCCUGUGAUGAUUUGAACAAUAAAGUGUACUUGUGUUACAAACCAAA